UCUCCCCCUACCCUUUAUGCACUUACUCUUUAUGUGCACGGUUAGCUCCUGCACUGUUGUUCUGCUUCUUAUUUUAAAAAUCACAUUACCAUCAAUUGACUGUGAACUACAACUUCAAUGAUAUCUACAUCGAACUUCUGAGAUCACUGAAGCCAUGGCAGCAAUGAAAGGACUGCUGCCUCUCUUUAUUUUAGCACCAAGUUUCUUUGUGAUCAGUGCACAGAAAACAGUAUGCACACAGGAAGCAUUAGCAGAUAUCAUCUUCCUUGUGGAUGGUUCUUGGAGUAUUGGCACAGAUAACUUCCAAAAGAUUCGUGAUUUCCUCCUCAGUUUGGUGAAUAGCUUUGAUGUAAGUCCCAACCAUGUUCAGAUUGGCCUAGUGCAGUACAGUGAUUCACUGCACACUGAAUUCUACCUUAACAGCUUUGAAACCAAGCAGAAGAUUCUUGACUACAUCACAAAUUUUCCAUAUCGAGGAGGUGGCACCAAGACUGGACUAGGGUUAAACUUCUUACUGAAGCAGCACUUUGUGAAAGAAGCAGGAAGUCGUGCUAAAGAUGGGGUGCCUCAAAUUGCUGUUGUUAUCACAGAUGGGCAGUCACAGGACGACGUGGAGCCACAUGCACAGGACCUGAAGCACAAGGGAAUCAUACUUUAUGCCAUUGGAAUUAAAGAUGCUGAUAUGGAGCAGCUGAAGGACAUUGCCACUGAGCCACAUGAACAGCACAUCUACAGCGUGUCUGAUUUUGCAGCUUUGCAAGGAAUCUCCCAGAGUUUUGUCCAGGUGCUUUGUACAACAGUGGAGGAAGCUACACGUCAAGUAUCUCAGGUGCCACUAGGGUGCAAAGCUAGUUUGGCAGACAUUGUGUUCCUUGUGGAUAGCUCUGGUAGCAUUGGUGAUGCAGACUUCCUGAGGGUGAAGAAGUUCCUUCACACAUUCAUAGUGGAUCUCGCUAUUAAUCCCAAUAAAGUCAGAGUAGGACUGGCACAGUUUAGUAAUGAACCUCAUCCAGAGUUCCUGUUGGGGAAAUAUGCUGAUAAGAACGACCUGCUGGAGAAGGUAGACAAACUCACCUACCUAAAAGGAGGCACUGAAACCGGAAAAGCUCUGCGCUUUAUUCUAAAUAAUUACUUCACCGAAGCAGGUGGCAGUCGCAUCAAAGAGAAUGUGCCUCAGAUUGCUGUGGUGAUCACAGAUGGUGACUCAGAUGAUGAGACAAAAACUCCAGCCAUGGAGCUACGGAGAAAGGGGGUGUUAAUCUUCACCAUUGGGGUUGGUGAAGCCAGCAUUACAGACCUGCAGUCUAUUGCUAAUAAACCACAUCAGCGUUUUAUACUGAGUUUCACUGACUACGAAGAGCUGCUGAAAGCAACCACCAGCACAAUAGACAAAGUGUGCAUUUCUAUGGAGGCCCAGAAACAAGCUCUAGCUCCAAAGUCUUCAGAUGUGUUUGUGUUGGUGGACAGCUCAAUUGAUCAGACCCAAAAGGUGAUGCAGUUUCUCAUUCGCCUAGCCAAUCUACUUAAUGUGGGGAGUACAUUCAGUCAAAUGGCUCUGGCUCAGUUUAGUGAAGAUGUUUCAGUGGAAUUUCGUUUUGAUGCUUACAAAACUAAAAAUGAAGCACUUGCACUCAUUCGCAAAUUCCGACUAAAAGGAACUGGACAGCGCAAACUUGGAAAAGCGAUGGAUUACGUGCGCACUCACCUCCUCAAGACUGAAGCAGGAAGUCGAAUCACUGAAGGAAAUAAACAGUACCUGCUGGUGAUAAGCAAAGGAGAAUCUGAUGACAAUAUACUGAGAGCAGUUCGUGCAUUAAAGGAUGAGGAAGUAAAAAUUAUCAACGUUGACUUCAGCAAAGAACUAACCCUGGAGUUUCAAGGUGGACCUAGAACACAUGGACCUCCACAGGGUGAACCUGGCUUACGGGGUGUUCCUAAUGUUCCUUAUGCGAGAAAUAAAAACAUCACAGAAAUAACACAAGAUGUAAAGGUUAUCCUUGAAACUAAGGAGACAUUCCAAGUAACUGGAGACUGCAAAUCAGCUCCACUCGCUGAUAUAGUGUUUAUUGUGGAUGUGUCAGACAGCAUCACUGUUUCUAACUUCAGGCUGGUCCGUAACUUUCUCCACCGGAUGAUUAAUGGCUUGGAGAUUGGCUCUGACAGUGUGCGAGUAGGAAUGGUUCUGUACAGUGAUACACCCAAAGCUGAAUUCUACCUAAACACUUUUGAAAACAAAGAAGAGAUCCUGCAGUACAUUAAACUUUUACAAUUUAGGGGUGGGCAAUCCAUUACUAGCAUGGCUCUAAAGUUUGCAAGAGAGAAACUCUUCACCAAAGACACGGGCAGCCGACGUGCCUUAGGAGUGCAGCAGAUUGCUGUGGUCAUAACGGAAGGAGACUUACUGGAUAAUGUCACAUUUCAGGCUGCAGAACUAAGGCGCAAUGAGGUCCAGGUCUAUGCCUUGGGAGUCACGAAAGAUAAUGUGGAACACCUGAAAGAGAUAGCAUCUUAUCCUCCUGAUAGGUUUGUGUUUAGUGUGGAAAGCUUUGCUAAGCUUAAUACAAUGGAAAGAAUACUAAGGAAAACUCUGUGCAACAAUGUUGUCCGUUCAGCGGUUGACAAGUCUGUCAGAUACACUUUAAAGCAAGGAUGUAUCCAGACAGAAGAAGCAGACAUCUAUUUCCUUAUUGACCAUUCUGGAAGUAUUUAUCCAUCAGAUUUUAAGGACAUGAAAAAAUUCAUUCUUGAGUUUCUGCUCAUGUUUACUAUUGGACCAAAACAAGUGCGUGUGGGUGUGGUGAAAUUUGCGAGUAACCCUACACUGGAGUUUAAACUGAAUGAGCAUAAUGACAGAGUAUCUCUUGAACGAGCUGUGGACAGCAUUCUUCAGAUAGGUGGAGGCACACAGACAGGAAAGGCUUUGUCUUUCAUGAGCCCACUUUUUAAGGAGGCUGAAAAGACUCGUGGAACUAAGGUUCAAGAGAUUCUCAUUGUCAUUACUGAUGGAAAGUCCCAAGACAAAGUGAAAGAGCCAGCGGUAAAGCUGAAAGCACAAGGGGUGACCGUAUAUGCCAUUGGAGUUAAAGAUGCAAAUGAGCAGGAGCUCCUGGAGAUAGCAGCUGACCCAAAGAGGAUGUACUUUGUUAAUAACUUUGAUGCACUGAAACCACUGAAGAAUGAAAUUGUUACUGAUAUUUGUUCAGAUGAGGCCUGCAAGAACAUGUUGGCAGAUGUCAUCUUUUUGGUUGAUGGUUCAGGAAGCAUUGACCCUGAGGAUUUCUCAAAAAUGAAGAAAUUCAUGAAUUCAAUCAUUUCCAAGUCAGUAAUUGGCAAGGGUAGUGUACAGGUUGGUGUGGUGCAGUUCAGCUCACAACCAAAUGCUGAAUUUGCCCUUAACCAAUUUUAUGAUAAAUCUGAAAUGCAGCAGGCCAUUAACGAUAUGACGCAGUUGGGCGGUGGCACUAUGACUGGGCAUGCACUCCAUUUUGUGUCACAGUACUUCGAUUUAUCCGAAGGUGGUCGUCCCAGCACUCCACAGAUUCUCAUUGUGAUCACAGAUGGUGAAUCUCAGGAUACCGUUGCUCAGCCUGCACAAGCUCUCAGAAACAAGGGUGUUACAAUAUACUCUAUAGGAGUACUUAAUGCUAACAGCACACAACUGCGAGAGAUCAGCGGAACUCUGGAAAAUGUUUAUCUGGAAAGAGAUUUUGAUGCAUUGGACUUCUUAGAUAAAGAUCUCUUGCUUAAGAUAUGCACUUCUGUUGAUGAAUGUCAGAAAUCACAAGUAGCAGAUGUCGUCUUCUUAGUGGAUGACUCCAGCAGCAUUAGCGAUGAUGGCUUUAUGAGUAUGAAGUACUUUAUGAACUCAGUGGUGAACUCCACACAGGUUGGAAAAGACAGUGUCCGUUUUUGUACUAUUCUCUACUCUGAUGGAGCAGAGGCCAAAUUUUCUCUUAAUCAGUACUACAGUAAACGGGAAGUACGGGAUGCUAUAAAUAAUCUAAAGCAUAGUGGUGGGAACACAUACACGGCCAAAGCACUCCUUUACUCACUGACCUACUUUAGUGAAGCCUUUGGUGGGAGAGGUGCAAAAGGUGUCCCACAAAUGAUGUUCGUCAUCACAGAUGGUGAGGCCACAGACCCAUAUGAUUUACCCAAAGCUUCUGAUGAACUUCAAAACUAUGGUAUUACUGUUUAUGGUAUUGGAGUGGCUCAAGCAAAAACAACUGAGCUAGAAAUCAUAACCAAAGACAAAAACAAGGUCUUCAAGGUUGAUGACUUUGAAGCGUUAAAGGCCCUUCAACAAAACAUUUCCAGUGUGAUCUGCAACAACACAAAACCAGAGUGUGAGAAAGAGGCAGCUGACUUGGUCAUUUUGAUUGAUGGGUCUGAAAGCAUUAAAGAGGUGCCUUGGAAGACCAUGAUACAUUUUAUGCUUAGCCUCAUUGACAAUCUUCGCAUCAAGCAAGAUCUCUUUAGAGUUGGUGUAGCCCAGUUUAGUUCAAACUACAGAAAAGAAUUUUACUUAAAUGAAUAUGAUAAUGAACUGGGUGUGAAGAGGGCCAUUCAGGACAUCACUCAAAUGAAAGAAGGAACACGCAUUGGAGCUGCUCUGAAUAAUGUGCAAGAGUUCUUCCAGAACAGUAAAGGGAGCCGCAUUCAAGAAGGAAUUUCACAAAACCUGCUGUUGAUCACUGAUGGAGAAUCAAAUGAUGAUGUCAGCGAUGCAGCUGAUAAAUUGAGGGAUAAGGGUAUUCAGAUUUUUGUGAUUGGAAUAGGAGACAUCUCAGUCCAACAGCUCAACUACAUUGCUGGGUCACAUGAAAGGGUUUUUUAUGUGGACAAUUUUGACCACCUCAAAUUAAACAGAACAACACAGCAGGUGAUCAAUAGCAUUUGCGCUCCACCCCCCAAACAAGAAGAGGAGUGCACUGUAGAUAUUGGAAUUGGAUUCGAUAUAUCCCAAAGAAGAUCACAGUCACUCUUUAGUAGCCAGUAUAAGCUACAGGUCUACCUGCCAGAGAUUAUCAGAUAUAUUUCCACUGUGCAAAACUUAUGCUGUGUACCCCAGCUACCUUCUCUUCAAACCAACAUUGGUUUCCGUUUGGUUGCUAGCGAUGGCAGGAUACUAUAUGACCCUAAUUUUGAACAAUACAGCAAAGAAACAGUGAAGAAACUGAUGGAACUUAACACAACUCAAGAUCUGGCUUUUAACAGCCAGCUUCUGCGCAUGUUUCAGGAUAAGUUUGCAGCCUCCAGAGCUGGUGUAAAAGUAGUGAUUAUUUUCACUGAUGGCCUGGAUGUACCCCUUGAUGUCCUCAUGGUUGCCUCAGAGAAUCUCAGGAAAAGUGGAGUCAAUGCACUGAUGACAGUAGCACUGGAAGGAGUCAAAAGCACCACAAACCUACAGAAGCUGGAGUAUGGACGAGGAUUUGGCUACAAUGAGCCUCUUAUGAUUGGCAUGCAAAAUGUGGCCGGUGCUUUGCAGACGCAGAUUAAUGAUGUGGCCUCACGAGAGUGCUGUAAUGUGAUGUGUAAAUGUACUGGUCAUGAAGGGAUGCGAGGACCACAAGGACUCCCAGGGACAAAGGGCUCACGUGGACGAAAUGGACAUCCUGGAUUUCCUGGAGAAGAAGGAGGAUAUGGUGAGAGAGGGUCUCAAGGUCUGAACGGAACUCAAGGACAUUUAGGCUGCCAUGGGAAAAGAGGUCAAAAGGGCAGCCGAGGCUACAGGGGUGAUACAGGUGAAGAUGGAGAACACGGUUUGGAUGGAGUAGAUGGAGAACAUGGUGCGACUGGAUCAUCAGGAUACCCAGGAGAGCCAGGGGAUCCUGGCAGCCCAGGCAAGAGGGGUGUCCGGGGAAUUCCAGGUGUUCCAGGACAAAAAGGACUCAGAGGUGAUCCGGGUGAGUCAGGCAUUGACAACAGUAUCCGUGGUCCUAAGGGUGAGAUUGGAUAUGCUGGCCUACCGGGAGAGCCAGGACCAGAUGGAAGCCCUGGCAGGACUGGAGAUACUGGUAGUCCUGGUCAAAAUGGAAGAAGAGGCUCUGCAGGUGAAAAAGGUUUCACUGGCCCUAAAGGGGAAAUGGGAUCAAAAGGAGCCCCUGGACCUUCAGGGGCACAGGGGCCGGCGGGUCCUUCUGGAGCUCCAGGACAGAAAGGAAUACUUGGUUUUCCAGGACCCCAGGGUCCACAUGGUGCACAAGGAAUCAUAGGAUCUAAAGGAAAUGCAGGACACAGGGGACAAAAGGGUCAGCCAGGGGAUCCUGGAAUUACAGGAGAACAUGGGCCACCAGGCCCCAGGGGCUCUCCAGGAAAUGAUGGUCCAGAUGGAUAUGGGUUACCAGGACCAAAAGGACAAAAGGGAGACCCUGGUUUUCCAGGAUAUCCUGGAUUUCAGGGUGAAAAUGGAAAUAUUGGGCACAGUGGAGAUAAUGGUCCUAAGGGUCAAAGAGGAAGAGCGGGAAAUGCAGGCAGGCCAGGAGCACCGGGCAAUCCUGGUGAUGUUGGACCAGCUGGACACAGGGGCCCUAAAGGACAAUCAGGAACCAGAGCAAUGUCUACUUGUCAACUGAUCAGCUAUGUACGAGACAAUUGUGUCUGCUGUAAAGAUAAAGCAACUUGCCCUGUCUACCCCACUGAACUGGUGAUUGGUUUGGACAUGUCUGAGGACAUGACUCCUGCAUUAUUUGGGAGAAUGCGCUCAACUCUUCUUUCUCUGUUGGACAGCAUUGAUAUCUCUGAAAGCAACUGUCCCACAGGGACACGAGUGGCUGUGGUCUCUUACAAUUCAAACACCAAAUACCUCAUUCGUUUUUCUGACUAUCGCCAUAAGAACGACUUGGUGGAAGCUGUGAAGAACAUCCCUCUGGAACGUACAUCCAACAGACGCAAUAUUGGUGCAGCCAUGCGCUUUGUGGGUAGAAAUGUCUUUAAACGUGUUCGCCAGGGGGUUCUGAUCAGGAAGGUGGCGAUCUUCCUUUCUGGUGGACAAUCCCAGGAUGUGACAUCUAUAAUUACGGCUGUUUUGGAAUACAAGGCUCUGGAUAUAAACCUUGGUGUUAUUGGUUUCAGGGAAACUCCUAAUGUUCAGCGUGCUUUUCAGGCCGAUGAGACAGGAAGCUUUAUUAAUGUGCUGGAGAGAUCACAGAACCAGAGUACAGCACUUGAGAAGAUCCAGCGAUGCAUCAUCUGCUUUGAUCCUUGCAAUCCAGCUAGAGAUUGUCCCAGCACCAGUGAGAUGCCCACUCCAGAGCAGGUAAACAUGGACGUGGCGUUGUUGGUGGAUGGUUCUCGGAGCAUCCAGGCAGAUCAGUAUGAGGGAGUGAAGCAGGUGUUGGGCACCGUGUUGGACCAGUUUGUAGUGAGUGAUCAGCCCAGCAAAGCUGACAGACAGGCACGGGUGGCGCUUUACCAGCAGAGCUCAUCAUACAGUGAGGCCCAGGCUUCAGUCAAGCAAAUAUUUAAUUUUCAGCAGUUCCAUGACCGCAACCUGAUGAAGCAGAGCAUCUUUGAAAAUCUACAGCAGACUGGUGGAUACUCCAGGUUGGGUCAUGCCAUAGAACACGUAAUCAUGCAGGGCCUCCUUACUGUUUCCAGGCCUCGAAAAAACAAGAUGUUGCUGCUUAUAGUUGGAGGAGAGACAGAAUACUCGGAUAGAGAAAAACUGGACUUUAUCUCCAGGAUGGCAAGGUGUCAGGGUGUGGUGCUUUUCACUCUUACAGUUGGGGAUCAUUGCAACAGCACACAGGUGGAGGAGCUUGCCAGCAUUCCCACAGAGCAGCACAUAGUUCACUUGGGCCAUGUAAAGCAAGAACAGGAGUACACUCGACGCUUUAUAAGGACUUUCCUACACAUUCUGAACUUGGAAAUGAACACCUACCCUGCUCCAUUGCUCAAACAACAGUGUGAGCAACUUCAGCAACAGCAAGGUCAAGUUCAUGUCUUUGAGGCUGCUAAGAGACCACCCUUACACAGAUUUUCUCUCGAGAAUGAAGAAGUCAUAUCGUACAGUGAAGAGAGAGGUACACAGUAUGAGACUGAACAUGUGAAUGGAAGCCUGCUGACCUCAGGGCCUAAAUACUCAAAUUAUGUGUGCUUCCUGAAAAAAGACACUGGGCCCUGCAGAAAAUAUGUACUUAAAUGGUUCUAUGAUCAAGAGCAGAAUCAGUGCUCUCAGUUCUGGUACGGAGGAUGUGAAGGGAACCUUAACAGAUUUGACAGUCAAAAUGACUGUGAAGCUCGUUGUGCAUAUCUUCUUACAGUACAUUGACAUGCAGAUUACUGAUAAUACUAACAGCAAGUAGCCAUCACACUUUUUCUCAGUUUUUAUACAAAAUAGUGGCAGAGCAAUAUGUUUAUGCAAAAUUCACCCAAAUAGUCUACACACAAAACAAGAAGUAACAGUAGUUAAAUAUUCCAUAUUCUACUGAUGGUGGUAUAUUCAUAAUUGGUGCUAACAACUGCUGUACUUCUAACACUGUUCCUCUUUGGCUUACUAAAUGAAACGAGUUCAUUAUAAAAAGGGCAUUUGAAGGUGCUCUUGCUUCAAUAAAUUGAAUUAUAUAGUAUUAGCUUUUCAAUGUAGUUACAAUUAAAAUUUUCUAUUUUCUGUUCAUAUUUGUUAUAAAUAAAAUUAUGAACAGAUUACACAUAUUGUAAUUGUACAUUUACUAAUAUUUUACAUCAUAAUACUUAUAACCUUUUAUAACUUAUAACCAGCAAACUACCUUUAUUAGACUUUAAUGAGUGUUCACACAUCCAGAUGUUUUCUCAAUUCAUGUCUGUAGAAGGGGAUUAUGGGUCUUUGACCAGACUGCUUCAUGGGUACAGGUAAAUACAGAAAAUGGUCCAGUGUCAGGGAGGCUGUAUAAAUGAGCUGGGUUCAAUGUUUUUUUUUUGUUGUUGUUGUUUUUGAGGAAACUUCAUCAUUCAAUCAAAAGACCUGUGUCAGAUCUUGUGUCAAUGUCUCAAUUUUCUUUUUAAAAAAUAGAAAAGUUAUGGAAAAAAAGGUUCGGCUUCAUAAUGCGCUGCACAUCACUUUGAAAUCCUCUGUUAAAUAGUGCAAAUGAAACCUAAAAAUGCAGAUCACACAUGAUUUUGUAUUGAAGGAGGGUAAAUUAUAUAUAUAUAUAUAUAUAUAUAUAUAUAUAUAUAUAUAUAUAUAUAUAUAUAUAUAUAUAUAUAUAUAUAAAAAUUAUAAUACAAUAGCAAAAAUUUCAAAAAUAAUUCCACCAGAAAUUAAUUUAUAUCAUAUAUUGGAACAGUUCUUGGGUUUAGGAUAAGAUUACUGAAGGGAACUGUUUUAUAGAACUGUAGGAACACUUGCACAAAAUUUUUAAUGGGAUACAUUUGGGUAUCUAUUCAUGUGUAUAUGCGAAUUAUUGUGCUAUUUUUCAGCAUGCUAAAGGUACGCUUCACACUGCAUUUUUUAAACUAAAUAAAUAGUAAGUUUUUAA